AUGUCGACAAGCCACCAACUCGCUACUCAAUGGGUUAAUCCUUCAGACGUGUCGACGAUUCUCUUUGUUCUUGGUGGCGAUGUUGUUCAAAAGGCCUACUCACAAGCAACCGGAAAACUCUAUGUUCCUGUCUGCUUCUCCUUUGGGUGCGUGGCAUACGCCUUCGUUGCUCUGGUGGGUGUCAUUGGGGACGGACGACUUCUUGCUCCGCCCGAUUAUCCUUGCAGGAUAAUCAAUCUCAAGUCUGGAUAUCUUCGAGAGAGUAAGAACUUUAUCCUUGGUCGCCUACUACGGGAUCUCGAAGCAAUCGAGACUCGCGAAGAGUGUCUCGCCCAAGAAGAACGCGGUGAGAAUAACGUUAGUAGUUACGCGUUAAAAAUCACCGUCUUCGAAGCCGGAUGGAAUAAGAAUGAUCGGACUGAGUUCUCCUGGAGCUGGGUUCAUGCCGUUGGCAUAGUGAUCACAGCAAUUCAACUGGUACUGGCUUCCAUUCCCUUUAUCGUGCAUCGCACUUGGAGUGUACUUCUCAUCACAGGAGCAGGGACACUGUUGGUACAGUGGACGGGCCUGCUCCCCCAAUGGAGGGCGGAGAAACUGCCCAACCGACAGAGAUCACAUGAGGUGUAUGCAAUGACAUCUGGAAACGGCUCCCGAGAGGUCAUGGUUAUCAUGGGGUUCGGAAACUGUCUCGAUAUAGAAUCUCUUGCAACGAUGCAGUCGCCUCGCAAUGGGAGACCAUGGGAGAAGUUUUUCUGUCUGUCCACGCCGCAAGAAGGAAGCGAUCGGGACAUGUCAGUGACACGUCGAAAUUCGAGUCUUCGCAAAGCAAAACGGUCAAAUAUCUGGAUGUUCCAAGGAUAUCCAAUUGGCUUUGUUAUCACGCAGGUAUCUUGCGCAUGCCUCUCAGUGCUCUGGCUCCUGCUCCUCGUCAAUGUUUCUGCUCGAAGCGAGUUCCCUGAAGCCUGGUGCCUUGUUGGCGUAGGAGCCUUAGGCAUGUUUCAAAAUGCUUGGCUCGCAGCUAGAGAGCUUACGCCAGAGAUGAGGAACCUACCACUCAAGCGCGUGGAGCAAAUCAAAGGUCGAAAGGUCAUGGACUGCAUCAUGGAUUUCCAUGCUACCUAUGGCUUGGGAUUGCCCUUGAGGGACGAAUACUUCCCAGGAAAGCUCAGGUUAGAGGAGGACUACUGGUGGGGGGGCGAUGUAGAGCCGUACAACAAACAACGCGAGGAGGACAAAACCAGAGGCAAGCCACGUCAGAUGAAACGCAAUUAUGAACACAAUCCGGCAUUUCGGGAACAAGUCGUUUCAAAGGCCGAUACAACUUCUGUUCCUGUCCAGUUCUCAGAAAAGCAACCAGAGCCCACUCACAUCCGUGAGAAACAACAUGAUAUAGGUACGAGCACAGAUGCUGAUGGUGACUUCAGUAUGGCACCUGGAACUUUGCCGAGAGCGCCUACUUUAGAGAUGAGAACUGUAAGCAAAACACCGCCUUUUUGGGCAGCUUGA